GCGGCUCCGCCCGCUGCCCGGCGGCGGGGCGCUGUUGCAGGCGGCUGCGGGCCGGGCCGGGCGGGUGGCGCAGCGCCGUGCCCGUCUCUCUCCGGCCGCGGGGCGGGAGGAGCCGCGGGGCUCCCCAUGAAGCGGCGGAGGAUGAACAAGCUCUACAUCGGCAACCUCAGCCCCGCCGCCACCGCCGACGACCUCAAGCGGCUCUUCGGGGACAGGAAGCUGCCCCUGGCCGGCCAGGUCCUGCUCAAGUCCGGCUACGCCUUCGUGGAUUUCCCGGACCAGAACUGGGCCAUCCGGGCCAUCGAGACCCUCUCGGGUAAAGCGGAGCUGCACGGCAAAGUGCUGGAGGUGGAUUACUCCGUGCCCAAAAAGCUCAGGAGCAGAAAGAUCCAGAUCCGAAACAUCCCCCCCCACCUGCAGUGGGAGGUGCUGGAUGGCCUCUUAGCCCAGUAUGGGACAGUGGAGAACGUAGAGCAAGUUAACACAGACACAGAAACAGCAGUUGUCAACGUAACGUAUGCGACGAAAGAAGAAGCAAAAGUAGCAAUUGAGAAGCUCAGCGGCCACCAGCUUGAGAGCUAUUCCUUCAAGGUUUCCUACAUCCCGGAUGAAGAGGUGAGCUCCCCUCCGCCCCCCCAGCGAUCCCGCCGCGGGGGCCACUCUUCCAGGGAGCAGGGCUCCUCCCCGGGGGGCUCCUCGCAGCCCAAACAGCUCGAUUUCCCACUGCGGAUGCUGGUGCCCACGCAGUUUGUUGGUGCGAUCAUAGGAAAGGAGGGCUUGACCAUAAAGAACCUAACUAAGCAAACCCAGUCCAAGGUUGACAUCCAUCGGAAGGAGAAUGCUGGCGCUGCCGAGAAGCCCAUCACCAUCCACGCAACGCCCGAGGGGUGCUCCGAAGCGUGUCGCAUGAUCCUUGAUAUCAUGCAGAAGGAAGCGGACGAAACCAAAUCAGCAGAAGAGAUCCCCUUGAAAAUCCUGGCUCACAACAGUCUGGUGGGGAGGUUGAUUGGCAAAGAGGGCCGCAACCUCAAGAAGAUCGAGCAGGACACGGGGACGAAGAUCACCAUCUCGCCUUUACAGGAUUUAACCAUUUACAACCCCGAGCGGACCAUCACGGUGAAGGGCAGCACGGAAGCGUGUUCCAACGCUGAAGUGGAGAUCAUGAAGAAGCUGCGAGAGGCCUACGAGAACGACGUGGUGGCUGUCAAUCAACAAGCCAACCUGAUCCCGGGACUGAACCUCAGCGCUCUGGGCAUCUUCUCGACAGGGCUUUCCAUGCUGCCGUCCUCUGCGGGGGCCCGAGGUGCUGCUGCAGCCACCCCUUACCACCCAUUUGCAAGCUCCUCGGCGUACCUCUCGGGGCUGUACGGAGCCUCCCCAGUCGGUGCCUUCCCACAUCAGCACCCCCUCCCGGAGCAGGAGGUUGUCAACUUGUUCAUCCCGACGCAGGCGGUGGGGGCCAUCAUCGGGAAGAAGGGGCAGCACAUCAAGCAGCUGGCGCGAUUCGCCGGCGCCUCCAUCAAGAUCGCCCCAGCAGAAGGUCCUGACGCCAGCGAGCGGAUGGUCAUCAUCACGGGGCCGCCCGAGGCUCAGUUCAAGGCCCAGGGGCGAAUAUUUGGGAAGCUGAAAGAAGAAAACUUCUUUAACCCGAAAGAAGAGGUGAAGCUUGAAGCCCACAUCAAGGUGCCUUCCUUUGCAGCCGGCCGUGUGAUAGGCAAAGGUGGCAAAACGGUGAACGAGCUGCAGAACUUAACGAGUGCAGAAGUCAUCGUGCCACGAGACCAAACCCCAGAUGAGAACGAGGAGGUCAUCGUUAAAAUCAUCGGGCAUUUCUUUGCCAGCCAGACUGCACAGCGCAAGAUCAGGGAAAUCGUCCAGCAGGUGAAGCAGCAGGAGCAGAAACACGCUCAGGGAGCCCCAGCCUCGCAGCACAGCAAGUGAGGCUCCCGCCGUGCCGGCCAGCACCGCCCGAUGAAUGUACCCCUGCCACGCAGCGGGCAGGGAGCAAACCAAAGAGCACCCCGAGGCGCGGCGACGGGCACGGGGACGGCUGCGGCUCCCCACGCACCGGCGACAACGCCGCAGCACCCGGCCGCUCGCCCCGGGGCGCUGCGGGCUCUCUCCAUCCCACAGCCUCCACCCGACUUGACUCCCGACGCUAUCCCUUUAGUUGGACUAACAUAGGCAGAGGGUUUUGGAUUUUUUUUUUUAAUUGUUUUUAUUUUUUACCUGAAAACGACUCGUUUUGCAAACCGUUCUCUGGCCAGGCGUGGCCGGGUGAGUGGAGGAGCCUGUCCGACACGCAGCGCCCGUGAGGGUAAUAUAUUUUAGAAUUAAUAUAUCAAUAACAAAACUAACGCCCAUUUUAAAUUUUUGUAAGAUUUUUUUAAUUUUUUUUUUUUAAUUUCAGAGGGGUCACGGGAUGUUUGUUUUUAGCAAAAGCAGGCUUUUUUAGACUUCUAAGGAAAGGAGCUAGUCCAUUGGUUCUCUAAUGCACAGUAGAGCAGAGUCGUAGGAUUGCCAGCAGGAACAAAAAUAAUUAACCAAGUGUUAAAAAGCGAUUUCUUAAGGGCUUCGAGAAGAGCAGUGCCAUGAGGAUCGCCUGUGUGAGCCAACGGAAGGGAUACCGUCUCCUAAAGGAGGAACCUCUCCCUUUCACACGCCCUUUCCUCUUUGCUUCACAGAGUCCAAAACUGGGUUUUGCAUCUGUUCUGCCCCCCGCCCUGUCCAUCUGCCCGUCUUUCUCUCCAUCACCCCCAGACAAAGCCGUGCUCGACAUUAGCACCCCCCCCCCAAAACCAGCCUGCCCCCUGGUCCAGCCCGCAGAGAACAAACUUCCCCCGUGGCUCUUUGGGGACGAAUCCCCCCCUUUUUUAGUUUUGGUGUUGGAGGAGAGACAAAGGGGAAAAGAUUUACAAAACGUUGUUGGCCCAGGGCUUGAAGAAAGAACCUAGCAGAAGUUGUUACGAGAAUGCAACAUGCUACACACACACACACACAAACACACACACUAAAAAACUACCUCAGGUUUUCGUACCUCAGCACCUUGCGCUUGUGUUUCCCUUUUAGAGAUUUUUGUAUGCCUUGUAAAACUGAUAGUUGGAGCAUUUUUUUAUUUUUGUAAUAAAAACGAGUUGGAAAACGAUCUCGACCAAGUCAGCUGCGAGGCGGGAGGAGGAAACCAGCCCACGCGUCCGAGAGCUCUUCUGUAGUCUCCUGCUAGCUGAGAGCCAGUGGCCGUUCCUUCGGAGAAAGCUUGAGAAAUGUUAAAAAAAAAAAAAAAAAAAAAAAAGGAAAAAAACACACAAAAAAGGUAAAAGGAAAAAAAAAAUAAAAGAACAGCAGCAAUGAAGUCCAACCAGCGAGAGAAAGGACCAGGGCCGACCACCCGAGCCCGACAAGGUGCUGAAGGCUGAGCCCGUGCCAGCGACGUACUGACAGACUGCAAUGCCAGUUUUUGUCUACUGCAAAGUGUUCUGUGAAAAAAGCCAACGACAACAAACAAACAAAAUAUAUCCAGCUAACAAGA